CUAUAGUUUACUUAAAAAAUUUCCAUCUUUUUUAUUUUGGUUAAGUUUUUCUCCCAGCAUUAUGAUAAAAAGCAUGAAAUAAAGUGAAAUUAAAUAGAAUUUUAGUAGGAGUAUAAUAUAAAAAUGGGCUACAAGAAGUAGCUACAUGCUAAUUAUAAGUAGAUGGUAUAUAAUUUUGAAGAUUUAUUUUUGUUUUUUAUUUUUAUUGGAGAUUAUGGAUUUGAGGUACUCUGAGAUAAUGUGCAAUGUGUUUUUGCUUGGUCUGAGCUUUUUCUUGGGUUCAUGGGUUUCAUGUGUAAAAGCUAAUGUUACAUAUGAUCACAAAGCAAUUCUCAUAAAUGGGCAAAGAAAGAUUCUUAUUUCUGGCUCAAUCCAUUACACAAGGAGCACACCUGAGGACAGCUGGGGGUCCGUUUAUUGCGACUAGUUAUGACUAUGAUGCACCAAUUGAUGAAUAUGGAUUAAUAAGGCAGUCAAAGUGGGGCCACCUAAAGGAUCUACACAGAGCAAUAAAGCUGUGUGAGCGAGCUCUUGUAUCCGUUGACCCCAAGAUUAUGUCCCUUGGAAAAAAUCAAGAGGCUCAUGUUUUCAAUUUGAGCUCCAAGACUUGUGCGGCUUUUCUUGCAAACUACGACCAACAAUCAAGAGCAACCGUAAAAUUUGAGAGUUUUUCAUACAUUUUGCCUCCUUGGUCUAUAAGCAUCCUCCCCGAUUGCAAGCAUGUUGUCUAUAACACGGCAAAGAUUGGUGCUCCAAGUUCAAGAAUGAAGAUGACGGGUGUGACGGGUAAAUUCAAAUGGAAGUCGUACACCGAAAACAUAUAUAACGACAAUGGCUCGUUCACGAAGGCUGGACUGGUCGACCAGCUCGACCUAACAUGGGACACGACCGAUUAUUUAUGGAGCAAAAUAGACGUGGAAAUUGACGGGAAAGAAGGAUUUCUACGUGACGGGAAGAAUCCCGUUCUUAGGGUCAUGUCCGGCGGCCAUGUCCUGCACGUGUUCCUUAAUGGAAUAUUAGUAGAGACCGUCCAUGGAGUUUAUGAUCACCCCAAAGUGGCUUUCACAAAAGCCGUGAAUCUAAAGGUCGGGCACAACGAAAUUCGCUUGCUAAGCGUAGCUGUUGGUCUCCCGAAUAUUGGCCUGAAUUUCGAAAAUCGGCCACUUGGUGUUUCUAGUGUUUCGCUAGACGGUCUUAAUGAGGGAAGACGAGAUUUAACACAUCAAAUUUGGACUUACAAGAUUGGUAUGGACGGAGAAAAAUUGGGUCUUUCUACGAAAAGUGGAAGCUCUUCUGUUCAAUGGUCUGCAGAUACAAGUAUAUCAAAAGCUUUCACAUGGUUCCACGUCCCUCGGUCAUGGCUCAAGAACACGAAAAAUUUAUUGGUCGUGUUUGAAGAAUUUGGAGGGAACCCGAGUGGGAUCACUUUGGCAAAACGGGAAGUAGCCACGACGUGCACAGAUAUACACGAGUCGCAACCGAGCUUAGUAAAUUGGCAAAUCCAAGCAUCGUUAGGAAACUUUCUGUAUAACCAAACAUUAACGGCUAAUGCGCACCUCAAUUGUGGCGAGGAAAAAAAGAUUGCGUCGAUCGAAUUCGCAAGCUAUGGAAAUCCUCGUGGGAUCUGUGGUAAUUACUAUGUAGGGAGUUGCCAUUCGCCUAAUUCUCGCCACAUUGUGGAGAAGCUUUGCAUUGGGAAGAAAAAAUGCACGUUAGAAGUUAUGGCAGCGAGCUUCGGAGGUGAUCCGUGCCCGGGUGUGACGAAAAAGCUAGCUGUGGAGGCGACUUGCAUGUGA